GUGAUACUCGCAAACACUGAUUAGCAUGCUCGCUGCGAGAUAGCUGAGAUAGCGAGAUAACUUGAAGUGCAAUUAGCGUGAUAGCAGGACUUUGGCUCUACGGCUUGGUGCUGAGCAAACUUGAGUUCCAGUUAGUCGCAUCGUGAGCUCAUAUGCGGGCUGCAGCGCCAAAAGGCGUGCGCGCCGGCGUUAAGCAGCAACUUGGCAGCGGCCAGGAUGACAUGGUGGCACCCAGCAAGCACACGGAGGCAACGGCCAACGUGAAGGGCGUCAAGCGCGCUGCCGACAAGCCUGCUGAUCCUGCUCCCAACGUCGCUGCUGAGAAGGCGGAUGCGCCCCCCGCUCCUGCGCCGGCGCCGGCGCCUGAGCCUGCCGGUCCCGUCAAAAAGAAGCAGAAGGUUAGCGAGAAGGCCGCUGCCUCAGCUGCCACCGCGACCACUGCCGUGGGCGAUGUGCCAGAUGCCGCAGCGGAGCCGGGUGCUGCCAAGGCCUCCAAGCCGCGCAAGGAAAAGGCCGCUAGCACUGAUGCCGGCGCUGCCGCUAGCGGCGCUGCCGCCGGCAAGGCGGCGGGCAAGGAAACAGGCAAGCGUCUGAAGAAGGAGAAGACGGAUAAUAAGAAGCAGGCGGCAAAGGCGAUGGAUGAGGAGGCCGAGGGCGAGGGCAGCGACGUCCAGGAGGAGCAGGAGGGGUCCGGCGCUGAUGGCGCGGGCGCGGCGGGCGAGGCGGCGGGUGAAGUGGAGGUGAAGGUGGAGGGCCGCGCCUCCCGCAAGGCGGCCCAGAAGGUCAAGUCCUACAAGGAGGCAAAAGAGGUGGAGUCCGACGGCAACAGCGAUGGCGAUGACGACAUGGUGGAUGUGGUGGAGGAGACGAAGGUGGCCACUGAGGACGAGGCGCUAAAGCAGACCGCCGGCAGUGGCCCUGGCGCCGGCGCCGGUAGCGCCACAGGCGGCGUCAUGCGCAGCCUGGUGGAGUGGGACUUUACGGACUCCGAGGGCCGGCCCGAGCCCAUCGAGCGGCUGGGCAAGGUGGAGGGCGGUCUGUACAUCUCGGGCUGCAUCUACCCGGCCCUGGGGUACGACUUGGACAAGGCGGGGCGGCCCAAGGCAGCCAGGGGCAAGGGCGCCGCCGCCAAGGGCGCCGCAGCAGCAGCCGCCGGCGUGAAGGCUCUGGGGCGGCGUGUGGAGCGGGUGGGGCCGGUGUCGUCAUGGCGGGUGGCGUACUCGCCCAAGGCAGACCCCAUGGUCAUUGUGCACACCGCGGCUGCGCAGUACGUGUGCGGCAAGCCGGCCGCGGGCGCCGCCCGGGGCUUCAUGGCGCAGCUGGAGCCGCAGCUGGGACUGGCGGACCUGGUGUACAAGUCGCUGACGCCGGCGGCGGGCGGCCGCAUGGACACCAGCUUCGACGAGGUGUGCGCCAAGGUGGCUCGGACCAAGGCCAAGAUGGCCCGGCAGUACGGCGGCGCAGACAUGGCGCUUCAGCUGCACGGCGACUUCAUCCUGGAGCAGCUCAAGGCGCUCGCGGCUACCCACAAGAAGGCAGGCGGGGCCAAGUCCAAGGACGACAAGGGCAAGGGGCCGGCAGCGGCCGCCGGCAGCGGCGCGGCAUCCAACUACGACGACGGGCCCUUCGCGCAGGGCCUCCUCUCCGUAAUGAGCUCCGGCGAGCUGCCGGAGUCCUUCCAGACGCUGGCGAUGCUGGAUGGCACUGGCGGCGGUGGCGGCGGCAUUCGCAUCGCCUCGGACGGCGGCGCCGCCGCGGCGGCUGCAGCGGCGGAGGCGGCAGGAGCAGGCAGUGGAGGCGGCAGUGGCGCGGGCGCCGAUGCGGACGCGGACCGGGCGAUGGCGCUCCGGCUGCAAGCGGAGUACAACGCGGCGUGGGAGAAUGGCGAGGCGGAUCAGCCCAGGGGCCGCGGCCGCGGCGGCGGCGGCGGCGCCCGCACCUCCGGCUACAUCCAGGUCCGGGAGGAGGAGAUUGCGGACGACUACCCGGUGCCGCGCGAGUACGCCGCUGACGAGGAGGAGGGCGCGGACGAGUGUGACGAGGUGCUAGUGGGCGGCGGCUUCGGCCUGCACCCGGACGACAUGCCGGAGCAGACCCUGGACCGCUUCGCCUUCUACAACGCAGACGGCCUCAUGUGCCCUAUGGAGACGGUGCCGCUGAUGAAGGACCUGCAGCUGGACACUGGCAUCUUCGCCAGUGGCGUCGUGGGGGCCGACAACGGCGACUGGGGCACUGGCGGCGCGGCUGGCGGCGAGGGCAGCGGCGCGGCCGCCGGCGGGGCGGCCGCCGGCGGGGGCGCCAGCGGGGCCGGCGGCAGUGGUGCGGGCGGCAGCGGCAGUGGCGGGGGCGGGGGCGCCGGCGGUGGCCUGCGCAUCUUCACCACUCAGGUCCGGGAGUGGGAGGUGGAGGCGGGCCAUGACCACGUGUCCAUCAUCGUCAUCACUGACUACGGGAAGUACCGGUUGCUCAGGCCGCAUGAGUCGUACACAGGAUGGCACCGCGUGCUGGAGCGCUGCUUCCACGUGGCGUCCAAGGUGGUGACGUGGCUGGAGGAGUCGGACCGCGCCUCCAAGGUGCCCUUCUCCGAGGUGGUGACGCGUCUGGCGGCACUGCCGCCCGCCGACAAGGCGCACGUGCCCACCAACAGGGCCUUCAAGGGCGCCCGGGCGGCGGCUGUGGAGCGCUUCAUCGUGGUUCACGGCCAGGUGCUGUUGACGGUGCUGGGACUCAUCAAAAAGGCGCUGUCGGGCUGCGGCUUCGCCAAGACACUAAAGGAGAAGCUGACGGAGCGCCGGCACCGCGUGCUGGCGGCGGCGGGCGGCGGCAAGGGCGGCAAGGGCAAGGCGGCGGCGGCGGCUGCACGUGCGCUGCGCUCUGCCGUGGAGAACCCCGUCCGGGCUCGCGUCAAGAAGAGCGGUGGGCGGCCCGUGGCCAUGCCUGCAACCACCACUGUCCAGGUUCGGCGCGUGUGGUCGGAGGCGUGGACCAGGGCCCAGGUGCGCGUGCACACGGCGCCCGCGGCGGAGGUGCACGCGGCGGGCGGCGACGACGGAGAUGUGGAGAUGCAGGAGGCGGCGGCGGCGGCCGGGGGUGCUGGAGGCGCCGGCAGCGGUGCCGGCAGCGGCGUUGCUGGCGGCAGCGCUGGAGGUGCUGCGAGUGGCGGCGUUGUCGAUGACGAGCCGAUCGGGCCGCCCGUAAUGCCACCCAAGGCCGCAAAGGUGCCGAACCGUACAUGGCAGCUGCAGGAGCCGCAACCCGCUACCACAACCGCCGCCUCCUCUUCCUCCACCGUAACCCGCGUCCUGUACGGUGCGGCGGUCUGCGGCGACCUGUGCCUCAAGCCCGGCGCCGUCAUCCGUGUGCGCAAGGCCGGCCUGCUGCGGCGAGCUGCUGCGCAGGACAAGAAUGCGGAGGAGGAGGAGGAGGAGAGCGAGGACGACGCGGACGGGGAGGAGGAGGAGGAGGAGGAGGCCGAGGAGGAGGGUGCGUCGAGCGAGGGCGAGGGCAGCGAGUGGGACGAGGAGGAAGUCAAGGAGCGCAUUGCGGCGGACCUUCAGGAGGAGAAGGAGAAGGAGGACAAGGCAAAGGUCCGGAGGGCGGCCCGGGGAGGCAAAGACAAAGGGGAGGAGGAGGUGCCGCUGACGGCGGAGGAGAAAGCGACCAAGGAGACCGAGGAGCAGGCGGCCAGGGAGGAGGAGGCGAGGGAGCGACUGCAGGAGGCGUGGCGGCUGCACGUGCUGCGAGCGCUCACGCGCGGCCCCUUCGCGCUGGUUCAGGCCAUCUACACCACCAAGCAGGGCGGCAAGGAGAGCAGCCCGCGACUGCAGGUGCGGCUGCUGGUGCACGGCCGCGACACCAUGUUGGGCGAGGUGGCCUCGGCCUCGGAGCUCUUCCUGCUGGACACCACCCCGCGCCCGCCCGUGGACGCCCGCAGCGGCGGCCCCGGCGGCGCGCCGCCCGCCUGGGGCCCGGCCUCGGCGGGCGAGCUGCGUGAGCUGCCGCUGAACGGCCGGGGCGUGGCGGGGCUGGUGGAGGCGGCGAGCCUGAGCGGCCGCACCGGCACGGCGGAGACGCGCAUGGAGAACGCGAACGCCGACGAGGCUCGGCACCGCUCGGAUGCGCUGCGCAUGUCGGCCGGCCGGGCGCCGCUGUUCGUGUACCGCUCCGUGUACUGCCCGGGGCAGGGCAUGUUCCGGGCGCUGCGGCACAAGGACCUGGCGCUGGGCAGCUACGUGCAGGCCGCCCCUGCUGCCAGCUGGCCGCUAGCCAUGCUGCCCAACGCGUCGGGCUUCACCAAGAGCGGCGUCAUUUACACGGUGGGCUGCUUCAUGUUUGUGAGCGCUACUGCGAUUGACGCGGCUAUUACCGAGCUUGGAAGCAGCAGCAAGGAUUCGGAGCAGGAGGAGGAUGGCGAGAUGGAGGUGACGGCGGCGGCGAAGCCGAAGGUCGCCAAGGGCGGCCGCAAGCCGGCGAAUUCGAAGCCUAAGGCAAAGGCGGCGAAGCAGCCGGCCGGCAAGAAGUCGCAGCGCAAGGCGGCGGCGGCCGCAGCGGCUGCCAUCAAGGACAAGAGCAAGGACGAGGAUGAGGAUGAGGAGGAGGACGACGACGAGGAGCGGGACAGUGACGUCGAGGAGGAUGGGGAGGACGCCAGCGACGCCAGUGGCAGCGAGGGCGAGGAGGAGGAAGAGGAGGAAGAGGAAGAGGAGGAGACGCCAAAGAAGAAGCGGGGCGGCAAGCGGACCUCCCACAAGGGCAGCAGCGCCGGCUUGCGCGCCUUCGCAGUGGUGCAGCUGCUGGAGGUCGUGCCCGCCAGCGGCGGCGGCAAGGCCAGCAAGGGCGGCAAGGCCGGCAUGUCGGGCAAGGGCCCCGCCAGCGGCCAGCCAGCCACUGUCAAGGUGCGGCGCUUCUUCCGGCCGGAGGACAUCAGUGCCGACCUGCGCUACGCAGCCGACUGGUGGGACCUGUACGCGCCCUCGGGGGCGGCGGCGGAGCAGGAGCUGGAGGUGCCGGUGGCCGAGGUGCACGGCAAGUGCGCAGUGGUGCUGGGACAGCGGCCCAAGAACCCGGCGGUGCACACGUUCUUGGUGGUCGGCAGCUAUGACGGCCAGCAGCCCCAGCAGCAGCAGCAGGGCCAGGCCGGCGCCAGCGGCAGCGGCAGCGGCAGCCCCAAGGUCGGCCCGCCGCCUGCUCGCCUGCCGGUGCCGCCCGGCGCGGCGGCAGCAGCAGCCGCCCCGGGCGCCGCAGGCGUGGCCCGGACGGAGCAGGCGGAGCAGCCAGCGGGCGAUGACGAUGACGACGACGCGGUUCCGUCCGAGGUGCUCAAGCUGCCCACCAUGGACAUCUUUGCGGGCUGCGGCGGCCUCAGCGAGGGCUUUCACCAGGCGGGCGUGGCGGAGUCGCGCUGGGCCAUUGAGUACGACCGGGAGGCGGCGGACGCCUUCAAGCUCAACAACCCCCACACCACCGUGUUCUGCGACAACUGCAACGUGCUGCUGCGGGCCGCCAUGGUGAAGGCGGGCCUGGAGGCCGACUGCGUGUCGGACCCGGCGGCGGUGGAGGCGGCGCGGCGGCUGGACCCACAGGUGGUGGCGGACCUGCCCGCGCCCGGAGCCGUGGGGCUCAUGAUGGGCGGGCCGCCCUGCCAGGGCUACAGUGGCAUGAACCGCUUCAACACGGGCAUGUGGAGCCAGGUGCAGAACAGCAUGGUCAUGGCCUACACCUCCUACUGCGACUUCUACCGGCCGCGUUACUUCCUGCUGGAGAACGUGCGCAACUUUGUGGCCUACAACGACGGCCGCGUGUUCCGACUGGUGGUGCGGACGCUGCUGGAGCUGGGGUACCAGGUGCGCUUCGGUGUCCUGAACGCCGGCUGCUUCGGCGUCAGCCAGAGCCGCAAGCGCACCUUCAUCUGGGCGGCGCUGCCCGGCGAGCUGCUGCCCGACUGGCCGGCGGCGCUGCACCGCUUCAAGCAGGAGCAGCUGGGCGUGCGCAUGCGCGGCGUGGGCGGCGACGGCCAAUUCUUCCACGCCAGCGGGCCGCCGGCCGCGGGCGCCCCGCUGCGCACCGUCACUGUGCGCGACGUCAUCGGCGACCUGCCGCCCGUGGAGAACGGCUCCACCACCGACCCGCUGCCCUACACCGGCCAGCCCGUGAGCGCCUUCCAGCGCGCCAUCCGCGGCCGGGCGGCGGCCGGCGGCGGCGGCGGCAACGGCGAGGUGCGCGAUCACGUGGUCAAGGCCAUGAACGCCCUCAACCUGGAGCGCUGCAGGUGCAUUCCCAAGGGCGACCCGGGCGCGGACUGGCGCGUGCUGCUCAAACUGGUGGCGGAGGACCGCUCACGCGAGUUCUUCAACGGCCAGGCGCUUGUGCCCUGGUGCCUGCCCAACAGCGCCGACCGCCACAACGGCUGGCGCGGCCUGUACUCGCGUUUGGACCCCGAUGGCCACUUCCCCACCGCCACCACCGACCCCAACCCCAUGGGCAAGGUGGGGCAGGUGUUCCACCCCGACCAGGACCGCAUCGUGUCCGUGCGCGAGUGCGCCCGCAGCCAGGGCUUCCCCGACCACUUCCGCUUCUACGGCAACGUGGUCUGCCGCCACCGCCAGGUCGGCAACGCCGUGCCGCCGCCGCUGGCUCGCGCGCUGGGGCAGAAGCUGUGGGAGGCACUCAAGGAGCGGCGAGACCGCGAGGCGGCGGAGGCCGACGAGGAGUUGAAGGCACGCGUGCGCGCAAACCGGCAGCAGAAGAAGCUGGCCAAGAAGUGAUGAGCCGGCAUGAUACUAAGACACAGGGGGUGACAUGGUGGCUUGUGUGCCGCACGCAUACACGGGUGUGGAAGUGCUGCUUGGUCCAUUCAGGCAGGGUGAUUGAGUUUCAUAGGACUUGCAGUAGGCAAACAUGCAGAAUACUGAGCUGAUGCACCAUCGUGGCCGGGACUUGUUUUCUUCUUUAGGGCAAACUUGACUGUCAGGCUGGUCAUAGGGGCAGCAGGGGCACGAUUUGUGUUGCGGGCAUAUCUGAGUUGCAGAGGCCCAAUCAAGUCGUUCAGUAGAUGUUGUCAGAUGAGCUAGUGCAGUGCCUUUUGAACGCCUACCUACGAUACUGAUGUCUCGUGAUUCCUGCUGUGUGCUCCUAUCUGUGGUGGAACGAAGCAAACGGUGUGAUUUAUCGCUGUGGGACGAUAGCAACUUGUGAUAGCGAUGCCGCAGUACAGCAGCAACUCGUGUGAGCACUUCUACGCAUGUUCAGUUCUUGGUGCAUGCACAUGCCAUUGCGUGACGGGCUGCCGGGUGUGUGAGCCCACUCAGGUUCGGUUGCGGCUGCGGGCCGGCGGCACUGGGCUUGCCUGCGGACCUGUCGCAAGUAAGGAUGAGCGAGGGGUGGUCACGUUGAGAGGCGCCGGAUUGGGUGAAGCGGGUGCCGUCGCAGGCAGGCUCAAGGGCAGGCUGCAUGCGCGUUGGUGCGAGGGCGCAUGCGUGCGCGUGGUGGCAUGUGCACCCGCUCGUUGCGGGCCGCUCAAAUGGCUCCUGUAAAUCCACAGGCAG